CCAAACAAACAUCCAGCAUGGACACCAUCUUUAUUUCAGCAGAGGUUUUGUUUCUCCCAGGCCUCAGUGCACCAUGGUUUCCACUGAAGCUCUGUGAAGUUGUGAAUGGUCACCAGUCCCCUGGCAGUUGCAUGUGCACCGGGAUCAUGCUUUAUGUCAGUGGGCCUGAACUUUGUCACUCAGCUGUUUUGGGUGGGGGAGACAAAGGGGCAGAGAUAUAAUGGCCCCGUUCUCUCUGCACGCACAUCCAUUGUGCUAACCGCUUGGAAACGCUCCACCAUGGAGUGGCUUUUCAUUGCCCUGGCAACCUAUUUGCUAGCCCUCUGUCCUGUCGAAGGAGACGAGUGGAGGCUGGAAUAUGAAGAAGGACUCAGUCACUACAGUGAGGAAGCUCUUAGGAAGGAGUUUCCUGAGAAGACCAGGCCAAUCAGUUUCAAACAUCCACUUUUCAUGUGUCCUGACAUGAGCCCCUCCUCUUCUGUGCCCACCUCAGUUGAGCUGGUGAGAGCAGCAGAUAUAAAAGUGAUUGCUGCUCUUGGAGAUUCAUUGACUACAGCCAUUGGUGCGAAUGCAACUACAGUUCUUGGCAUACCAAUUGAAUUUCGUCAUGUGUCAUGGAGCAUUGGUGGUUAUGGAUCUUUUCAAGAUGUCAUUACACUGGCAAACAUCAUUCGACUCUUCAACCCCAGUUUAGUGGGACCUGCACCAUCCAAGACUGUUCACGGGACCCCUGCUCCCCUCUGCGAGACUGGGUUUAACCUGGCUGUAACCGGACACAACACCUUUAAUCUACCUGAACAAGUCAGACAUUUGAUCGAUUCAUUGAAAACAUAUGAGGAUAUUGACUUUGAUGUGGACUGGAAGCUGUUGACCAUUCUCAUUGGAAUGAAUGACAUCUGUGAUUACUGCAAAGACAAGUCCUUGUUUUCGGUGGAGAACUUCAUCCAUUAUAUGACUGUUUCCUUGGAAAUGCUGAUGAAUGAGGUGCCUCGAAUGAUAGUGAACGUGGUCCAGAUACUGCCAAUGGAGACCCUCAGGGAAGUACAGAAACCCACCCCAGGAUGUCUUCUCCAAAGGUCGUUCUGCUCCUGUCUGGUCAAGCCUGCUGCUGGAUCCUCUGCCCUGAAGGAACUGGUUGGAGUAAACCUGGAAUUCCAGAAAGCUCUGGAGCAGCUUUUGCACAGUGAUCGAUUCUUUAAGAAGGACUUUGCUGUAGUUUUGCAGCCGUUCCUGAAACAUGCAGAUCCUCCAAGACUUCCUAAUGGGAAGAUUGACAUGAGUUUCUUUACCCCGGACUGCUUUCACUUCACCAUGAAAGGACACGAGGAGUUGGCCAAAGGCCUGUGGAACAACAUGUUUCAACCUGAGGGGGAGAAGUUCAUGGUGGAGAGCUUUUCAGACCCUAUCGAGCUUGUUUGCCCUCAGGUGAGUCAUCCGUACAUUUACACCAGACCCGCUGCAGCGAAGUCCGGCUCAUCUCGUCCUGAGUCAGCUGGCAUCAGACUGGCCGUUCUCCACCUUAUGCCUCCUUUGGCGCUUCUGCCACUCUGGACCUUGGCUGUUAAUCUGGCCUCCUUGUAGGACAUCCAUAUGGAGUAUUGUGGUACAUUAUGUCUGCACACCCGAUGUUCUUACCGUUUUAUCCUUAAGAGAGUGCAACAUAUAAAGCAUGAGUUAGCAGAGAUGAAAAGGAAAUUGGACUUGGUGAAAUAUGAUGGUCAGUCAGUUCUGUAUUUGAUUAAUCUGGGGAGUUUAUGCAAUGGAAACGGGAAAUGUUGAAACCUCAGAAUAGACGAAUAUAUGAUGAUGAUGAUCUUUUGUGAUCUACCCAACCAAAAUAGCAACAGAGCAGGUGCAAAGCUACAUUUAGCUCUGCAUAAUGCUGCUAUAAUUAAUUUAGCUAUGAAAGGUAACAGUGUAAGCUAGUUCCAGACGGUUUGAAUCCGAGGUUUCACUGUAAACUCAUUAAGCUAGUGCAGAUAAAGGAUUUGAAUGUUGAGUGAGAAUAAUUGUUUUUGCUGCUGAAAGCAUGGGGAAAAGUCAACUGUUUGAGAGCUUCCUAAUGCCUGCAGUAAUAAGAUAAUUGCUUUGGAUGCUGCAACAUGAGAAGUGCUAUCGGUCUUCUCAAAUAAAGCUUUCAGAAGGGGUA